AUGGAAACUUCCGGUCGUCUAUUGAAAUGGGAAAUUGAGUUAUCGGAAUAUGUGAUGAUUUAUAGGCCAAGAGUGUCGAUCAAGGCUCAGGCCUUGUCGGAUUUUAUAGUUGAAACUUCGUACACUGAAGAAGAGGAAGCAAUCGGCGCAUGGAAAGUAUCAGUUGACGGGUCAUCGGCCUCAACUGGAUCUGGAGCCGGUAUCAUCAUGAUAUCCCCAGAAGGGGAUACAUUCGAAUAUGCGAUAAUAUUCACGUUUAAGGCUUCCAAUAAUGAGGCCGAAUACGAGGCAGCACUAGCAGGGGUUCAAUUAUGCUUAGCAACAGGAGCGAAAAGGUUGAAGUUGUCCACAGAUUCACAGUUAGUAGCCAGCCACUUCACUGGCGAAUAUGAAGCCCGAGAACCGACGAUGAUAGCCUACUUGGCUCGGCUAAAAAGUAUAGUAACGGCACUCGACCAUUUCGAAAUCAACCUAAUACCUCGUGGUGAAAACACACAAGCCGAUGCACUGUCAAAGCUUGCGAGUUCAAGCUUCAACGACUUAGAGCGCACGGUAAUGGUUGAGAUCCUGAGUCAAAAGAGUAUAUACAAGGAAAUAGGGAAAGAAAUGAAUUGCAUAAUGAGAGGCCGUGAAUGGUACGACGACAUCCUAGCCUACAAGGUGCAAAACGUACUUCCGACAGAUAAGAAUGAGGCCCAAAAAAUCAAGAAAGAUAGCAUCUGGUUUAUCAUAUUCCAAGGCAUAUUGUACAAAAGAGGUUUCUCCUUACCGUUACGAAGAUGUUUAACGGCAUACGAAUCCGAAAGGUUGAUAGAAGAAAUACACGAGGGCGAUUGCGGAAAUCACUCGGGUGGCCGAUCAAUGUCGUUGGAGGCAAUGAAAAGGGGGUAUUACUGGCCGACAAUGAAUGCAGAUGCAAUGGAAUAUGCCAAAAAAUGUGACAAAUGUCAGAAUUUUGGACCGGCAAUAAAUCAACCACCUAACGACCUGACACCUAUUCUCAACCCUAUUCCAUUUGCACAAUUGGGCAUGGACAUUGUUGACCCAUUCGCAUCAGCAACGGGAGGACGUAAGUUCUUGAUGUUAGGGAUAGACUACUUUACAAAGUGGAUAGAGGCCGAACCUGUAACGAAGAUAACGGCAAAUGAAGUAAAGAAAUUUAUUUGGAAAAUAUUUUCACUAGAUUUGGUUUGCCGAUAG